UUGAAUGUUCUGCACGAAAGACGAUACUAAUGACAUCAUUGCCCAGUGAUAGACAUUCUGUGUCUGUUUAGCAGAAUUAAUCAAACUACUUGCCAUAAAGUGCUUUAUUGUGGUUCUGUGUCUAAAUCUAAAUGGCAUAUUUUAACUGCUCUUAUCAUUUAUAGUGCAGCUACUGAUCAAUUGUAAUUGGAAUAAAUCUGCUUCUAUUUUGGAUAUUCAAAAUAAUUAAUAUCUGUAUUUGAGGAAAGAACAGUAAUGGUACCCUUUGUUAACUGUGUAAAGUUAAAAGUAAGUUGACCUUAUUCAGAUUUGUUAUUAUGUGUAAAUUUGGGGAGGAAGAGGAAAGCUUGGAUAGGAUUGUUACACUGAAGGUUCAGUUUAGUAUUUGUGAAUGCUUAAAAGGUACAAUUGCGUCGUGUAGUCAAGGCCUCACACACUCACAGUACCACAAGCAGUGGCCUCUUUUAAUAGCAGGAAAAUAAAACUUAUGCUGUUUGCAUUUAAAAUCAAUAACAGCUAAGAUGUUACUGCACAACAUGUCAUAGCAUUAUGAGCUCACAUGUUCCUUUUAUAUGUUGAAAAUGAUGAUUAUUAUUUACUCUCUAGCUCUAAAAGAAAGAAUCAGACUGCAGUGACCCAUGCAUGCUGUUCUUGUAUUUAACAGAUCCUCAGCCAGUAAGACGGGUUUGUUUUAGAGUGCUUCCCUUUGACUCAGCCACACAAACUUGCAGCUGUGUGACAAUUUGAGCCUGAGGUUUUUGGAGGCCAGAAUCAAAAUGUUCAUAAGCAAGUGAUUUCAUGUGAAUAUAACUUUUUACUAUUGCCUUUUAUUAAGAGAGCACCACAUCAGUUGCAUGUAUCAAUUCUGGUUCUCUCCUCAUGGGGGAACACUACCUGCCAGGUUAACUCAGACUUUUUAUGUCUUUGGCUGCUAUGGAUGAAGCCCUGUGGUGAUGAUGGUUUGAGCCUGAAAACCCGAGUGAAUAUGGAUGUCUCAUGUUCACCAAAGACUGUCAUUAAAUAAAUUCCAAGUUGAAUGAACAUGGUGUAGAGCUGUAUUUCAAUCCUCAAACAGCCUGCUCAGUAAACGCCUCUCUCUACUGUACAUUCAAAGUGUCUUGAAUGCAACAUUGCACAUGCUUUUGAGUAGCAUAUUGUAAAAUCUAGGAUUCAGUAUUGUGUCUGUGUAAUCUAAAAUAAAAGUCACAUUAUCUCUGCUUGACCCAGAGCAUACUAUUUGUGGUCAAGUUCACAAUCAGUGAAUAGCUAAAAAAAACAAGAUGUACUGAUACGAGCAUUAUUAAAUGGAUGGUUGUGGUUGUUCCCAAUAAAACGGCGAGCCGCAGUGGUCUGUGACCUUGAGUGACUUUGCAUUAAAAUUAGUUUAAUUAGAGAGCCAUUAUAAGGAGAAGUGUGACUGAAAAAUGUAUAUGGGGAAAAAGCUGUAACAGCAAAGAUACUUCUCUAAGUCUAACUUUUAUAAAAGUAAAACACUUAAAAGUGUUUAAAUUCUUCUUCAUCUUAUUAUCAGUAAUAUUAUUAACAAUAAUUUUAUUGAUGAUGAUCAUAAAGAUAGUGUGCAGUACGUGAUGUUCUUCCUUUUUAUCAUGAUGACUUCUGAAAAUUAUUCUAAUUUGGGGGCGUUACCAAGGCAGGUAGGCAGGUAUGUAGGUAGGCAGGUAGGUGUGGUUAGGGUUUUAAAUAGUCAUGCUUUACACAGCAACCCAGAGUUUGUGUUUCUGUCCCGAUUAAAACGCUGCCGGUUACCAGCUGCUCAUACUGUGCAAGAAUGGCAAUGGUAAAGGGACUCCUCUUCAGACAGCUGUUUGAGUCUGAGAGCUCCACAUAUACCUACCUGCUGGCAGACGCAGACACCAAGGAGGCUGUCAUCAUUGAUCCUGUGCUGGAGACCAUUGACAGGGACCUGAAAUUCGUAAGCGAACUUGGACUCAAACUGACAGUGGCAGUUAACACCCACUGCCAUGCAGACCACAUAACAAGCACAGGACCAAUGAAGAAAAGAGUACCUGGACUGAAGAGUGCCAUUUCCAAACUUAGUGGUGCAUCUGCUGAUAUCCACUUAACAGAGGGAGACAAGAUCCCCUUUGGAAGACACUGCCUGAUUGUGAGAGAGACACCAGGACACACUGAUGGGUGUAUAACGCUGGUAACUGGGGAUCAGACUAUGGCUUUCACUGGUGAUGCUCUCCUCAUUAGAGGCUGUGGCAGGACAGACUUCCAGCAGGGUUGUGCCAAAAGGCUUUACAAGUCAGUCCAUGAGAAGAUCUUCACCCUGCCUGAUGAGUGCCUCCUCUACCCAGCACAUGACUACUUAGGUCGGAUGGCUUCGUCAGUCGGCGAGGAGCGCAAGUUUAAUCCACGCCUAACAAAGACCAUGGAGGAGUUUGCAGAUAUCAUGAACAACCUGAACCUGCCCAAUCCCAAAAAAAUGGCAACUGCAGUGCCUGCUAAUCUGGUUUGUGGACUGCAAGACUAAAUGUGUAGACUGAAUGUGCUCCACAAGAGGAUAAUAAUGAAAACACAUAAUUGUAAUAAUUGUAGAGUAAUUAACAUUUGCAUCUCUAUUUUGUGGGACAUUAGUCAAAAUGUUUACUAUAAAGUGAUUUUUAAUGAUUCUGUAUGGUAUAUAUAUAAGGUAUAUACUUGAAUUGCUAUUUCAAUACAUUUUAAAUGUAUGUAAGAAAAAGUUUCUUGAACGUAAGAAAAUUUUUCAGAUGAUUUGUUAUGAAUUACUUAUGAGCAGGAAAGUUCAUAUACCAACAUUCUCCUCAAGGUUAGGUUAGUAAUCAUGAAAGCUUCUGUGCAGGAAAAGGCUUUUUUGCAUAGCAGGACAUAAAAUUUGCUUACUAUAAAAACUUUGUAACUUGGUUUAGAUUCUGUUAAAUAAAUAAUGACACUGAAUCAUAGUCGUGUUGUGUUGAUCAUCUGAGGUUAUAUUUCAUCUACUUUCAUGAACUGUUAGAGAUCAGAUAAUUAUAAUGUGAUAUGUAAAAGCUUAGAAUUGAAAGAUGGUGUACUUUUUCAUGUAUUUCAGUUGGAUUCCAAUCAUUAAGUAAUUUAGGAAAAAAAACUAUAUUAAUGUUAUUUUUUAGUUACUAUCAUUUUGUUUUUCAUAGCAACCGUUCCCCACAGAUAUGUGGUGAUGCCACACUUUCUCAGUUUAAUGCUCAUGAUGGCUCAUCCAAUGGGUGUGUGUGAAGGAGUUUUAAAACAAAGUUGUUAUUGUGUAAAUGGCACCACAUUUUAUAGACCUUUAAAAUAAAAUCACAUAAAUAUUAAAACCAGCCUUCAACAAAUGUUUUAGAGUCUCUUUCAUGCAAACUUGCUGAUAGGCACACAUAUCUACAAUACUAAAAGAAAACGACUCUCUUGGACUUUCUGCAUUUAAUGAACUAUUCCGUGGCUACCUUACUGGUUCCUGUUAUGACUACUAUUGUGUCUAUACUAUUAACAGGGUCUGUUAAAG